AUGGGCAGUGAGCAAUCCAAGGGAUUGGACGAAUCCAAGGCGGACACCGCCAAGACUGAAGCGACGGAAGACACGGGUGGAGACGAAGGGAUUCCCUUGACUGGGCUUCGCCUUUCCUACCUCGAAGAGUUUAUAGAGGCAUGCGGUGGUAAGAGUGAGCUAGAAGGCCUGACGACAACCGAUGUCUGCAACAAGUUUGUCAAGCCUUGGACAGAAGAUACCAAGACAUCAUUCUGCGAAUAUCUGGAGCUUCAGAACCAUCCCGCCGUGGGCAAGGCGAACGUCUUUAUUUCUCAUGCAUGGCAAUGCCAAUUCCUGGAUGUCAUGGAUGCGAUUGUCACACACAUGAAAGAAAGAUCCAGUAAAGAAAACAAGGAUCCCAUUAUCUGGUUCUGCCUCUUCUGUAACAAUCAGCACAAACUAGAUGUUCUGGAUUUUGAAUGGUUCCACAAGACCUUCCAAACUGCCGUGGCCAAGAUUGGGCAUACUGUCAUGGUCAUGAGCCCCUGGAAUGAUCCUCUUCCCUUCACACGAGCCUGGUGCAUUUGGGAAGUUUAUUCCACUGCAGCGCAGGGCUGUACCUUUGAGAUUGCCAUGAGCGAACAAGAUCGCCUUCAGUUUGUCAAUGACGUUGCUAAUGACACAGAGGGGGCCAUGAAAAAGAUGCUAGCAACCGUAAGGGCUGAAAAGAGCCAGUGUUAUAAAACCGAAGAUCGUGAGAAGAUCUUCCAAGUCAUUGAAAAGACUAUCGGGUUUGCCAAGAUCAACGCCAUGGUCUUUGAGCAGUAUCGUUCUUGGGCUAUUCGAGUCUCCACAGAAACCAUGCUACAGUCCAUUGCAACCCUCGGGCUGAUGUAUCAGGGACAAGGGAAAUACGACGAUGCCGAGGAAUGCUUGAAAGAGUGCGCCACGAAAGCUGUCCAAAAGCUCGGGAAGAACCACCCGAGAACGCUUCACUAUGUCGAUAAGCUGGCCAAUGUGUGUAUGGAUUUGGGCCGCUACGACCAAUCCAAGCGGCUCGUACACAAGUGCCUGCAACGGAGGAAAGCAACUCUGGGAGAAGAUCAUGUGGGCACGGUGCGUUCCAUGGACACGUUGGCGCGUUGGUGUUGCGCGAACGGGAGGGAUAAACAAGCACAUGAUCUCCUGCACCAGUGCGUGGGCAAACGGCGCAAGCUACUAGGGGAGGACCAUCCGGAUACCCUAUCCUCAUUGAACAGACUGGGCACGCUAUACAUGCAAAGAAAGCAAUAUGAACAUGCCAAGGUUCAUCUCGAAAAGUGUCUGGAAAGCCGGGUGGAGGUUUUAGGAGAGGGCCACCCAGAUACCUUGACUUCACUCAACAACUUGGCGAUCUUGUACAUGCGACAAGAAGAGUAUGGCAAGGCCCAAAUGCUGCUAGAAAAGUGCUUAAUGAAAAGGAAAGAGAUGCUGGGAGAAUAUCAUCCUGAUACGCUGACACUGAUGAACAACGUGGCGUCGCUUGAAAGGAAGCAGGGGGACUACGAGAAGGCAUCUCAGCUAUUGACCGAAUGCUGUAAAAAACGAAAGGAGGUUCUCGGAGCCAACCAUCCAGAUACACUGGCAGCUAUUGACAAUCUGGAGUUUCUUGCUCACCGUCAGGCAAUGGACGAAGGUGGCAGCAUCGGAUCAUCAACGCUGCUGAGCAGCGUCGAUAUGGGUUUGGACGACGUUUCUUGUCACUCCAGGACAUCAAGAUCUUCUCGCUCGAGGGCAUCACGAUCCUCGCACUCAACAAAACGAUCGCAAAAGUCCUCACAAAGCAAACGGUCACAGAGGCCUCCAAGGCGACGCCAAAAGGAAGAACCUGAUUGCAACGAAAGCGUUCCGUCCGAUAUUCAAUUCACCACCAUACAGCCUUCAACGGAACCACAGAACAGGGAGGACAAACAAAAAUCAAAUGCGGCUGGAUCGAAGAAGACACCCCCGGCACUCGCAGAACAGGCAGGGGAAGUUGAUCCAAGAUCGACGUCGUCUUCAUUCAAGGAUUCCCAGGCGAACGACUUGAGGGACACUCGUGCCGCCAUCACACAACCAGAGGAAACCGAAACUAGACAGUCAGGUAUUGCAGCCACAAACAACACGACCCCUACAAUUACGCAGCAAACAGAGGAUUUAGAAUUGAAGCAAACGACUUCUGUCACUAGCACACCACUAAAACACAUCGGAAGGACACAUGCGGCCGUAUCUCUUGACUUGGCAGCAUGCCCGGAGAGCACCCAGAAGAACGAAAUAGAGCCUCUACAGCGAGAGCUUGAAUCAUACAAGGUGCACAUAAUCAAGCUGAAUGAGAUUGUGCGCGAACUGCAGUUUGAUCUGUCGCAACAACUAGAGUUGCAGCAUGCUCAAGUCAACCAACUGAGAGAGAUGAUCCAGCCACUACAAAGCAAACGGAAUCUCCGCAAGCGGUCGCGACACAAAGAGAUGCCGUUAAAUGGAUUGCUGGAUGAUUCUGAGUUUGAAUGGGAUUCAGGCGAUAUCAACCAAGAAUGGAGUGAGGACGACACGCAGGUUGGGUCCACGAGAACUGCGAGACUGCAAAACGGAGCCCCGUCGGUGGCCAACGAAGAAGCUGACGACGAGACCUUUUUAGACGAAGGAGCGAGUGUGUAUCAAAAAGGCAGCAAAGCCAGCGAAUAUGAAGCGUCCUCAAAUGGUGAUCCGCAUGUGCUAUAUGAAGUAAAGGAGCAAGUGGUAGCUGAUCCUUAUAAAGAAAAAGGAACUUAUACUGGCACUAUGUCCAGGGCUACUGGUUUUCCACAUGGCAAGGGUCGCCUGGAUUAUCCAGAUGGGAGGUGGUAUGAAGGCGACUGGAAGCAUGGAAGAUGGACUGGAAGAGGCAGACUCGGCAAUGCCGAUGGAGAUCUCUAUGAAGGGGAGCUCCGAAACGAUCACAAGCACGGCAUGGGAACAAUGCGCUUUGCGGAUGGACGCGUCUUUGAGGGGGAGUACAUAAGGGGGCAGAUGUUUGAGGGGACAAUGACUUAUGCGGAUGGGUCCACUUAUGAAGGCAGCUGGGUCGAUGGUAUGAGGCAUGGUAGAGGGGUUUGCGUCUUCACCGAUGGUGGUACUUAUAAAGGUGUAUUUAAGGAAGGGGAGUUCGACGGGCAAGGCAAAAUGAUGUGGGCUGAUGGUGGUUGGUUUGAAGGUCAAUGGCGAAAUGGACAAAUGCACGGAAAAGGCAAAGAGAUCAGGCCUGAUGGCACAUUGAGACACGAGGGCGAAUGGUGGAAGAAUAUGCCUGUCCGUAUUGUGGAGCAACUCGGCUUGGAUGACAUGACAUACACCGGAAGUGCUUCAAGGGAAUCGAAAAGGGCUGCUUGGAAUAAACCUCAUGGCGAAGGUCGGUCCGUCUAUCUGGAUGGCCGUGUGUUUGAAGGGGAAUUUAACGACGGGAAACUACUGCAAGGGAGGAUGACAUACAAAGAUGCAUCAUACUAUGAUGGAGAAUGGUCUGAUAACAAGAUGCAUGGUACAGGAACACGUGUGUUUUCGGACGGCACCACCUAUAAAGGGGAAUUUCAGAAUGGGAAGAGACAUGGCAAGGGCACAGCGUUCUGGAAAGAUGGCGGAUCUUAUGAAGGAGAAUGGCAAGACGACAAACCGCAUGGAAUUGGCAAGGAGCUCCUUUCCGAUGGCACUGUUCGUCAUAUAGGCGCAUUCUCUGAGGGAAUGCCACCUUUAAAAGAACAUGAGCUCAUAGCCGAAUUGAGUGAGGACGGCACUUUGAAUGGAUCCAUCACCCUCUCGAGAAGCCAGAACGGAGCCCUGUCGGUGGCCAACGAAGACUCUGACGACGAGACCUUGUUAGACGACAACUUUGAGGACAUGACACACGCUGGAGGUGUCAUUGUGUCGUCGGCAACAACACACUGUGCAUAUGAUAAACUGAAUGCGCUAAUCCGUGGCAAAUUCGUGCCGAUUGCAUACCGACGUGCCUUCGAGGUGGGAGAACGAAUGAGCGCGGCCCUAUUGGACUAUCCCAAUCUAAAGCAUCCAGCAUUGUCGUUUGAUGAUUGGGAUAAGUUCCAGGAUGAAGCAAAGCUGCUCGGCGCUUCCUUGCCGUCGUUUCUGAACUUGUGGCGUGGGCACGUUGAAAAUGACGUGGCUGCGCCGCAAUACGCCGGAUCCAAGGCCCCACUCUGUCUCCAGGAUCUUCAGCUGAUACUUUCGAGGUCGAGCUUGGGAAGGCUGGAUGGGCUUGAGGAAGCAGCCAUGUCCAUGGUACAUCUGAAGGCGCUGAAGCUGGAGCUGGCGUGCUGCAAGGAACUUUCUUGCAUUCAAGGGUUGUUAAAAAAGCGUUUCGCUUGGCUUGAAAGAUUUGUCAUUGGGCACUUGCUGGCCGUGUCAAAUUGGGAGCUCUAG